GCCUACAUAAAGUAUAACCUUAUUUAAGCUUUUAAAAAAAGCCCAGCAGAGAGUAGUCCGACAACAGCCGUCUCAAAACGUCUUCAUGAUUUGAGGAGCCCACAAGUACUAGCACCAGCGCGUCAUCUCUUCUUCUGUCUGUUUGCUCUACGCCUGCAGCUCGAGGAAAAGCAGGAUGAGCAGCAUCGGAACCGGGUAUGAUCUUUCUUCAACAACCUUCUCGCCGGAUGGGCGAGUUUUCCAAACCGAGUAUGCCACCAAAGCAGUUGACAACAGCGGGACCGCUGUUGGCAUCCGCUGUAAGGAUGGGAUUGUUCUGGGGGUAGAAAAGCUGGUGAUUUCCAAGAUGCUGGUUGAGGGCUCCAACCGGCGGAUACUUUCAGUGGAUAGACACAUUGGGGUGGCAACCGCGGGCCUGGUAGCAGACGGACGGCAGAUCGUCAACAGAGCGAGGGCGGAAGCUUCAAACUACAAAACAUUCUACGGGGACGCCAUUCCUGGCCAGGUCAUCGCCGAUCGCGUCGCAACCUUCGUCCACCUGUACACGCUGUAUUGGUCUGUGCGGCCGUUUGGAUCCUCAGUUUUGCUGGGCGUCUAUGACAAGGAGGGGCCGCAGCUGUAUGCAAUCGAGCCGACGGGGAUCUCACACCGCUUCUUUGGGACAGCAAUCGGCAAGGGACGGCAGGCUGCCAAGACGGAGAUCGAGAAGCUGAAGCUCUCGGAGAUGACGUGCAGAGAGGGGGUCACUGCAGUUGCCAAGAUCAUUUAUGGCGUGCACGAUGAGGCGAAAGACAAGGCCUUUGAGCUGGAGCUCAGUUGGAUCUGCGAGGAGUCGGGUCGGGAGCACAAGCGGGUUCCGGCGGAUGUUCUGGCAGAAGCAGAGCGGCUAGCGAAGGCCGCACAAGAAGAGGACAUGGACGACUAGCUUUGAGACUCCCGAAGACCGUUCUAAAGAAGCAUACGAGAUGAGAUUGACAGUGCAUGCACGUCUUCCGCCGGUCGUUUCUGAUCGUAAUGCGUGUGAUCUUCUUCAUGUGGUGACUGCCAGGCAUUGCUUGCAUCAUGUCGCUGAAAAGAGCUCAUCAUCAGGCGUAUUUAAAAAAGAGACCAUCAGCUCCACAGGAGGACUAAAUAGCUGUCUGCUGAUUCGUUUUUUGCUGCGCCUGUGACGGCAGCGGC